AUGAGUACGCAGACGCAAGAUGAGAAGGGUUAUCCAGCCAGACCUCUUUCCCAAUCCUCUCAAAAAUAUACUUGUACUUCCUACACAGAACAAAAAACGCCGCAGGAGGAUGGAACUGGAAAGGGUAAAGAUGAAGAUGACACUUCAGUUAGUACUCCACCAGCAGUAUGGUCUCUUGGAGAAGGAGCUCCAGAAGAGACAGAAAAACGUGAUGACUCCCAAAGAUCCACUUUAUUUGUCGAAAAACCUCAGAGCGGUUAAAAAAAAGCGGUUCAGUGAGCGUCGGUAAGUGGGAAUAUUACAUUUAUAGCCAAAGUAGAAGCCAAAGAUCUUCUCCGAAAGCCAAAUGUUAAGUGGUUUAAAGGAAAAUGGAUGGACCUGGCCAGCAAAGCGGGGAAGCACCUGCAGCUGAAAGAGUCCUUUGAGCGUCACACUAAGAUUCACACAUUUGAGAUGCAUAUCAUUCAAGCUAAAGAAAACUACGCAGGGAACUAUCGCUGUGAAGUAUCUUAUAAGGACAAGUUUGAUAGUUGCUCUUUUGACCUUGAAGUCACUGAAUCUUCCCAAGCUACUCCAUCCAUUGACAUCAGAUCUGCUUUCAAAAGAAGCGGUGAUGGACAAGAGGAUGCAGGAGAACUUGACUUUAGUGGUCUCCUGAAACGUAGGGAGGUUAAACAGCAAGAGGAAGAACCUGAGGUAGAUGUGUGGGAGCUCCUGAAGAACGCGAAUCCCAGUGAAUAUGAGAAGAUUGCUUUUCAGUAUGGUAUCACUGACCUGAGAGGCAUGUUAAAGCGUCUGAAGCGCAUGCGCAGGGAAGUGAAGAAGAGUGCAGCUUUUGCCAAGGGUCUUGAUCCUGCAUAUCAGGUGGACAAAGGAGGUAAAGUAAGGUUCAUGGUGGAGCUAGCAGAUCCAACAGUGGAACUCAAGUGGUAUAAAAAUGGCCAAGAAAUACGACCAAGUGCAAAAUACAUUUUUGAACACAAAGGUAACCAGCGAAUUUUAUUCAUCAAUAAUUGUAUGAUGACAGAUGAUGCUCGUUAUUAUGUAACAGCUGGUGAUGAGAAAUGCUCCACAGAACUGUUUGUGAGAGAUCCUCCAAUUUUGGUGACCAAAGGCCUGGAGGACACCAGUACCUAUGUUGGUGAACGAGUAGAAUUGAGCUGUGAAGUGUCUGAGGAUGAUGCAAAUGUGAAAUGGUUUAGGAAUGGUGUAGAACUUCCCAAUGACCCUAAAUCUCGAUAUCGAAUCAAGGUUGAGGGUAAAAAACACACUUUGAUCAUAGAGGAAGCUGCAAAAAAUGACAAUGCAACUUACUCGGUAAUGACAACUGGAGGCCAAUCAGAAGCCAAGCUUUCGGUUGAUUUGAGACCACUGAAGAUAUCACUUGCACUAGAAGACCAGACUGUGAGGCUUGGACAGGAAAUCCACCUGAAGUGUGAGAUAUCUGAAAACGUGGAAGGGAAAUGGUACAAAAAUGGGCAACUGGUUGAAGCUAGUGACCGCGUAAAGCUUUAUCACAAAGGAAGAAUCCACAGAUUUGUUAUAGCGAGUGCUGCUGUUGAUGAUGAGGGUGAAUACAUGUUUGUACCAGAUGCCUAUAAUAUUAAUAUUCCAUGCAAAGUGCAUGUUGUGGAUCCUCCUAAACUCCAUCUGGAUGGUCUUGGGGAAAAUAACACUGUGACUGUAGUGGCAGGAAGCAAACUACGACUUGAGAUCCCUAUCACUGGCGAGCCAACUCCAAAAGUCAUGUGGAGUAAAGGGGACAAGUGGAUCACAGACAGUGGAAGAAUACGGGCAGAAACAUACCCAGACAGCAGCUGUCUGGUCAUUGAUACAGCUGAGAGGGAAGAUUCAGGUCCUUUCAGAAUAACAUUAAAGAAUGAGGCUGGAGAGGACACAGCUCUAAUCAACAUUAAAGUGGUUGAUGUCCCUGAUCCUCCUCAGGCACCAAAUGUGACUGAGGUGGGUGAAGACUGGUGCAUUAUGACCUGGGAACCUCCAGCGAAUGAUGGUGGAUCGCCCAUCUUAGGAUAUUUCAUUGAAAGGAAAAAGAAACAAAGCUCCAGGUGGAUGAGGCUGAAUUUUGAACUGUGUAAAGAAACAACUUUUGAGCCAAAGAAGAUGAUUGAAGGUGUUGCUUAUGAGGUCCGUGUAUUUGCUGUUAAUGCAAUAGGCAUUUCCAAACCAAGUAUGCCUUCGAAGUCCUUUGUUCCUUUAGCUGUCACCAGUCCACCAACUCUCCUGGCAGUGGAUAGUGUGACUGAUACCUCAGUUACAAUGAAAUGGAGGCCACCAGACCACAUCGGAGCGGCUGGGUUAGAUGGCUAUGUUGUCGAGUACUGCUUUGAAGGAAGUGUCAGGUACUCUUACUUUAAGGCAGAGACUAAUCAGUCAGAAAAUCUCAAGCAGCACGGUUGUGUUCGGGCUUCCUUUGAUGGAUUCUCACAAGGUAUAUCGACAGAUCUGUCUGAGGAAUUGGUGGAGCCACCUUUUAACCUGGAAGCUGAUGAAUGGAUCGUGGCUAACCCGGAGCUGACAGACAAAACAAAGUUUACUAUCAAUGGCCUGCCGACUGGCUCAAAAAUCCUUGUGAGAGUAAAAGCUGUGAAUGCUGCUGGUGAAAGUGAGCCCAGGUACCACCCACAGCCUAUUUUAGUCAAGGAAGUGAUAGAACCUCCAAAGAUUCGUCUACCAAGACACUUAAAACAAACCUAUACUCGAAGAGUUGGAGAAACUGUGAAUCUCGUUAUUCCUUUCCAGGGAAGACCAAGGGCAAAAGUAUCAUGGCAGAAAAAUGGUUCUCCAAUCGACAAGAACCAAAUCAACAUCCGUAACACUGAAAAUGACACUAUCAUCUUCAUCCGAAAGGCAGAAAGGAGCCACUCUGGAGAAUAUGACAUGAAAGUGGAAGUAGAGAACUUGGAGGACAAAGCAACGAUAGAUAUUCAGAUUGUUGAUCGCCCAGGCCCACCAGAGGUUGUAACUAUCGAGGACGUCUGGGGAGAGAAUGUAAAUUUAUCAUGGAAGCCACCAAAAGAUGAUGGCAAUGCUGCCAUUACUGGGUACACUAUUCAAAAAGCAGAUAAGAAGAGUAUGGAAUGGUUCACAGUAAUCGAGCACUACCACCGCACCAGUGCCACCAUUAACGAGCUCGUCAUAGGAAAUGAGUACUACUUCCGGAUCUUCGCUGAAAACAUGUGCGGCCUCAGCGAGGAUGCAACGAUGACCAAAGAGAGCGCUUUGAUUGCAAAGGAUGGUAAAGUCUACAAAUAUCCAGUUUACGAUGAUUUUGACUUCAGUGAACGGCCGUUGUUCACUCAGCCUCUAGUCAACACGUUUGCUGUAGCUGGUUACAACGCGACUUUGAACUGCAGUGUUCGGGGCAACCCCAAGCCCAAAAUAACCUGGCUGAAAAACAAAGUCAUUAUAAUGAAUGACCCGAGGUACCGAAUGUUCAGCAACCAAGGUGUCUGCACCUUGGAGAUCCGCAAACCCAGUCCCUAUGACGGAGGUACUUACACCUGCCGAGCUGUCAAUGAACUUGGAGAGGCAGAAGUGGAUUGCAAACUGGAAGUAAAAGGUGGGCUUUCGUUCUUCAGACUAUUGAUGGAUGGAGUGCCUCCGCAUAUCAUUGAUUCAUAUAUGCGUGAAGUACAGGCAGACAAAACUGAGGGGAAGUGA